AUUUAGCAGCAAAGAAGCGUGGAAAACUUCAUGCUUCUACGAUUCGUAUUAAAGCUUUUUAGUUUCAUCUUUUUCACAAUAGGUGGCGCUCACUUCUUGCAUGACGAAUACACCAAACACGUCAUAAGCUUCCACAUGUAAACAUGUCAUGUUGGAAAUAUUUGUUUCUUGGGUGACAUUGUCAUUCCGGUUCAACAUUUGUUUACGCACGGAUUGUUUACAUAGGAGGAAAUAUUUUAUUUCAAAUUUCAACCUCCAUGUGUAUGUAUCCCGUCUAUGCGUCUUUCCAUCGAUCCAUAGCGCCAUCACGGGAAAAACAUGUCGCAGAUCGCGCGUCACGCGAUCAGAAGCCAGAUGAAUGGCGGUGGCCUUGUCUACGUUGGCCGGAGGUUGCGGAUGGAGCGUACUUUCCACACCACGACAUGUGAGGCAGUCAAAUUUCGCACACCCGCCGAUGUUACGCCCGGUACUACAAAUACUAGCGAGUGUGUAACCAUGCAGCUGAACCGAUGUCGUAGUGCGACGAAGCAAUAUGGCACCAAUGGAUUAGAGUCGUCGCGAUCUACCCCUUCAAAAGCAUCACCAGUAGCACAGUAUGCGCCCUCACCUAACCAGGAGGAUUUGGAUGUGAUAAGCAUGCGUAAAAAGAUUUUAUCAAACACGGUCCCAUCACGGCACCACAUGACACCAGAAAUCACACUGCACCUUAUUACACCAGAUUGUACCAUUUAUCACCAGCCUGUUGGCGCCAAUGCUACUUUCGCUAUGGAUCCGUUUUGGGGUUUUUUCUGGCCCGGAGGUCAAGCACUAACAAGGUUCAUUCUUGACACGGCCCACGUUUUCCGCGGGAAGUCAGUGCUGGAUGUGGGAUGUGGCUGUGGGGCUUCCGCGAUUGCUGCGCUGAUGGUCGGGGCGAGUCGUGUUACAGCAAACGACAUCGACCCAGUCGCUUUGCAGGCCACAUUACUGAACGCUGAGCUGAAUGGGAUCACGGUUAAUCAGUUGGCUUUCAGCGGCGAUAACUUUAUCAGCAAUGGCGCCGACACCCAAACAACCAACCAGUACGAAGUGGUGUUAAUAGGCGACCUCUUCUAUGAUACGGAGAUAGCAGCUGAUCUGCACCCAUGGAUACAACGGCUGGCACGUGCUGGGACGGAGAUUUUCAUCGGUGAUCCUGGACGGCAUGGAAUUACGGAAACGGGUGUACUAAGCAAUAUGGAACGAUUGGUCCGUUACAAACUACCUGAAAAUAUUUGCCUGGAAAAUAGUGGUUUUUCCUAUGCCAAUGUUUGGCGAUUUCGUUUACCCACGGAAGGCAUGUGAUGGACAAAACGUGGUCGGUAAUUGCCGCAGGUAAUUGUUACUGUAGUGGAUGGAUGGUUCAUCUUUUGAAACCAUUAAAGCUAAGGUGGUUUUCAUUGGUUUCUAUCGUUAAUUAAUCGGGUUGGCUUUAGUUUAAAUGGCUUAUCGUGCAAGACAGUCAUAUGAUACGAGCAUUUACCAGUAGGUAAGAAUAAUGUUAUCUUUUUUGUACCUUAUCGAGGGGAACGAUUGUAAUGUUACAGAUAUACCAUAUAAGUCAAUGUCGAGAUGGCAGCAACAAUGAAUUGUGGUUUAUACGUUAUCAAUUUUUAUGUCAAUUCAUAGCCGCAAGUCAUCUUUUCUUUUUCAUAAAUUGCGCUUCACCAUGUCCUGGAAGUUCUCGAACAUAGAAUUCCAUUUGAGAGCAAAUGAAUCGAUUGUUAUAAACAAUCAUUUACGAGCUCCAUAUACAACAAAGGUUUGUGUGAAUUUUUUUAUGAUAUAUUUGAUAAUUGAUUCCAAAAAUUCAAACCAGUUUAAAUUAAUUGAUAAAAAUAUACACAAUUAAC